AUGAAUUCAAAUUUCUGGCGGACAUUAUUUUUCUUUAUCCUAAUAUUUACUGCAGAAAUCCUUGGCAAAAGAGGCGGUGGUGGUGGAGGCAGAGGAGGUUUUGGUGGUAGCAGUUACCGUGAUAAAGGGCUUGGCUCCCGUUCUCGUUCGGAUAUGUUUAAAAAUAUGAUUGUUGGGGCUGCAGCAGGUUAUUUGACUUAUCAAGCAGGAAAAGCAAUUAUUCGAUCGAUGUCUGCUCCAAUGACAUGGAAUAAUCGGGAUUAUUACUGGGGAAGUCAGUAUUAUCCUGGCGGAACGCAUCAUUCAGACCGUACAAUGUGUAGAAUGCCAGUUGAACCAGAUGAUCCCAAAUUUGGAAAAGUUUACACUCCAGAUGGUUCUCAACCAAAAGAAAUUGUUUGGAGUUGUCCUUAUAAUGAGGAAUGUUGUGGUUAUGAAUGUUGCCCUGGACGUGGAAGCGGCGGCGGAUCUGGAACAAUUAUCCUGAUACUUCUAUUAUUGUGUUGCCUUGCUUGUAUUAUCAAGGCAGUUUAUGACAAACACAAAAAUAACAUGGGAAAUGCAAAUUUACAAAAUAAUAAAGGGGAAUAUCAAAGAGCUAAUGUUAAUUAUAACGAAAAUGCACAGCCUCCAGGAGCCCCUCCUCCCUAUCCAGCUGCACCUGAAUAUCCAGUACAUAUUGGUUUUAAAUAUCCACCUGCAUAA